AUCAUGGAGGAUCAGUUAGAGAACGGCAGCCAUUGAAGAUAGCCGAGCCGUAGGUCCGCGCUCAGGAGUUUCUGACAAUUUUUUUUCUUUAAACGGUCCAACCCAGUGCAGCAAUCACCAACAAAAUGGAGAUGAAGAAGAGGAUCAGUUUAGAGCUGAGGAACAGAACUCCAGCGGAGGUAGCAGAGCUGGUGGUGGAUAACUGCCGCACGAGUGACGGUGAGAUUGAAGGCCUGACAGAUGAGUUUAAGGAGCUGGAGUUCCUCAGCAUGGUCAACGUGGGUCUCACCUCCCUGGCCAAACUACCCUCACUGCCAAAACUGAGGAAGUUGGAGUUGAGUGAUAAUAAUAUCACGGGUGCACUGGAGACGCUUCCAGAGAAAUGCGCCAACCUGACUUACUUAAACUUGAGCGGCAACAAGAUCAAAGAGCUCAGCACACUGGAGGCCCUGCAAAACCUAAAGAACCUGAAGAGUUUGGACCUGUUCAACUGUGAGAUCACCACGUUGGAGGACUACAGGGAAAGCAUCUUUGAGCUUCUGCCUCAGGUCACAUACCUGGACGGCUUUGAUGCGGAAGACAAUGAAGCUCCAGACUCUGAGGCUGACGAUGAUGAUGAUGAUGAGGAUGGCGAGGAAGGAGCAGGGCAUCUUGGGGAGUACGAGGAAGAGGAGGAGGAGGAGGAAGAUGAGGAAGGCUCAGAGGGUGGUGAAGUUGGGCUGUCCUAUCUAAUGAAAGAGGACAUCCAGGACGAGGAAGAUGAUGACGAUUACGUAGAAGAGGAAGAGGAAGGAGAGGAAGAGGAGGCCGGAGUUCGAGGAGAGAAACGAAAGAGAGCUGCAGAAGAUGAGGGCGAAGAUGACGAUGAAGACGACGACUAACCCUUUGUUUGACUUCUUGGAAACAAUAUCCAAGCUGUAGAUCAACCCUGAAAAAGACCGUGAUCUUGCAGAUUGUUUUUCUCUUUGUAAACCAUAGAUAAAUCACUGUAGAGGCUAAGUGUUUUCUUUUAUAAAUGCAUUAUAUAUUACACUAUAUAAAAGGGGUAUAUUGACAAUUCAUUUAUAGCCAUUCCAAGUUAAUUCCCAACACGUAAAUCGGGGUUUGAGAUUUCCCGAGGUUUCCCGAUUGCAAAUAUGUUGUUGGACAGCCCGUUCGAGACGAGAGCUAGGCGUUCAUCACUGAGAGGUGACGGCAAAUCCGCAAACUCCAGCUUCCCAAGACCUCUGUGAGGAGGCAGAGUGUUUUCUGCUCCUCAUCUACCUCUCCAGGUCUCAGUCUCAGCCCUCCACAGAGCAGCAAGCCAAUCAUCUCCAACCGUCAACCCCUUUGUUCUUGGAUCAACCAAUCGCUGCCAAGGAUCUUGUCACACUCUUUAUAUGGGAUGGUCUCUCCACUUGAUUAAGCUUUUCUGGUAGAUCAGGCUCAUUUUAGGCAGACCAGAUAUGUGAUCUGUUGAAUUUGAAAGUGUGAUGUAUGUAAAUGUGAUGUAAAUUGAGCAAAGAUCGGGAGUCGAGCUGUAGAUUGGCAAAUUGAAUUUGUUUUAAUCUCCAAGUAGUUUUUUAAUAAAGAGUUCAAUUAUGUGAGCAGUUUGCCCUUUCUCACGUUUUAUGCAGAAGUCACCUAUUUUUGACAUCGUAGACGUUAAAAUCAAGAUUUGUUCGUUUUUAAGAGAAACGCCAUUGCUGGAAAUUUCUCAUGUUCAGGUUUAACAGCUUUGUUGGAUUAAACAGUACCCUUGAGUACCUUUCUACAUUUGUCUUGCUGUGGAAACAGGUUAGUUUCUACCUUUUGUUGAGGUAUUUUACAGAGUAAUACCUUUAACCUAAUGUUCGUAUGGCAAUAUGUAUAUAGUAUCUGUUUCAACAGGUUUUAUUUUCCUUUUCUUUUUUAAUUACUCUGUUUGGUCAGUUGUUUUAAUACAAAUCACGUCUAAGGACUUGCAUACACGCAGGUAACCUGUUUAAAUUUCAAGUACUUGGUUGUUGUGAGAGUGUUGUAUUUGGGGUUUUAUGUGCUAUAAACCUAUCUAAAAGGAUUUUAGUUGUUGGAUUUUGAUGUUUUGUUUUAAUGGGUUAAGGUUUUGUGUGUCUUUUUCUAUGUUUGCAAGCUCCUUUGUCCAAUUAUGAGCUCCUCUUGAGUUAGUUGUAAUGAAUGAGUGACUUGUCCUUUUGAUUAUUAAAAUGGCAUAACUCCAUGGGAUGUUAUGUUCAAAAAUAGA